UCCAGUAAGGAAGUCAAGUUUUCUGUACAAACACCGACUCGAUCCUGACAUUAUCUAUUGUGUCAGGUACUUUGUGAAAUUCAUUUUUCCCUUCGCACGGAUUUGAUGCAUCUAGACAUCGAUGAUUUAGUUGGAAGCCAUCGGAAUUGUUGAUGCAAAUGACUUUGACAGACUCAUGCUGACGCGCUGUCCGAUUCGGCGAGCUUAGUGACUUUGCUGCGGCAUGGCGCAAUAAUUAGCCAAAGUAGAUUCUGAUUUUGCGACUGGGUUGACUGAACAAUUUUUAUGUUGAUCCUGGAUAUAGGACUGUAACUCAGAAAGGAACCAUGGCCGAAGACGCUUCAUACCUUCAUCACCCUCAGUUUUUUGACUACAACUUAGACCCUAGCAACUGGAUUGACAUAGAACCUCCUGUGAAUCUCCCUAACAUGUCGUACACCAACAGCCUGAGAAUAGUUGAUGGACCUUACGUUCAGAUUGUAGAGCAACCUAAACAAAGGGGAUUCAGGUUUCGCUAUGGCUGUGAGGGCCCUUCACACGGGGGACUCCCGGGCGCGUCCAGUGAGAAGAACAGGAAAACGUACCCACAAGUGAAGAUCUGUAAUUACCAGGGUCCGGCUCGUGUGGUCGUUCAGCUGGUCACCAACUCCAAGGAUCCCCACCUGCACGCACACAGCCUGGUGGGUAAGCAGUGUGACAAGGGAAUCUGCAUCGCUGAGCUUCCCCCCAAAGACAACACCAUCAGUUUUCCCAACCUGGGAAUCCUGCACGUGACCAAGAAGAACGUGACCAAGGUGCUGGAGGAGCGGAUGACCGAGGCCUACCGGAUGGGCUACAACAGCGGCGUGGUCAUCCACACGGAGAUAGACGCCUGUCAGGGGGAGGUGCGGCUGCCCCGCGAGCUAACAGAGCACCAGAAGAGCAUCAUUGCUACAGCGGCGGCGCACCAGUCCAAGGAGAUGGACCUGAGCGUGGUGCGGCUCAUGUUCACGGCCUUCCUGCCCGACAGCGACGGGGGAUUCUCGCGCAGACUGGACCCGGUGGUGUCAGAGCCCAUCUACGACAGCAAAGCCCCAAACGCCUCCAACCUGAAGAUCGUCCGUAUGGACCGUACAGCAGGCUGCGUGACCGGAGGAGAGGAGGUCUACCUCCUGUGUGACAAAGUCCAGAAAGAUGAUAUUCAGGUGCGUUUCUAUGAAGAGGGAGACAGUGGCCUUACCUGGGAAGCAUUUGGUGACUUCUCACCUACAGACGUCCACAGACAGUUUGCUAUCGUCUUCAAGACUCCAAAGUACAGAGACUUGAACCUUCAGAAGCCAACCUCUGUAUUUGUUCAGCUGAAGAGGAAGUCGGACAACGAAACUAGUGAACCCAAGCCCUUCACCUACCAUCCGCAGAUCAUAGAUAAGGAGGAGGUCCAGAGGAAGAGGCAGAAGACGCUGCCCAAUUUCCAGGACUACAGCGGCCCGGGCGGAGCGGGGGGGAUGUACCGGGGCGGCGGGGGCGGACCGGCCACCGGCGGGGGGCCCGGCACGGGAGGAGGAGGAGGCUCGUACUACCACGGCUACUCCAACUUCCAGAAUUACGGCUCUGGCUACACAUUCUCCCCAGGCAUGGGGGGCGGGGCCACCAACAUCAAGCAUGCAACCACUCGUGUGGAGGACGGCGAUAACGGUAGCGAUGCUGGUGGCGAUGAUGACGACGACGAUGACCCAGCCUCGGGAGGGGUCGUUAAGGUCGCCCCCCAGCCCGAUGUUGGCAUCCCAGGGGAGGCGAGAGAAUUUCGAGGGUUUUCUGCGGAAGAGGGUGACGAGACGGACAGGAUGAACACAGUGUGUUUCCUGGAGUCCAGGCUGGCCGAGUUGGCUGAGAGGCAGGCGCUCGCUUUGUUCCAGUAUGCGGUCUCUGGAGACCCGUGUGCCUUGCUGGCUCUACAGCGCCCCCUGAUGACUGCUCAGGAUGAGGACGGAGACACUGGGCUUCAUCUUAGUGUUAUCCACAGCCAGCCAGACUCAGUCAGGAGUUUGACUCAGGUCAUAACUGCCCUUCCAGGAGAGGAUGUGCUCAACAUGAGGAAUGACCUCUACCAGACCCCCUUGCACCUGGCGGUGAUCACGCAGCAGAGGGAAGCCAUGGACGUCCUCCUGGACGCUGGGGCGCAAGCCAGUCUCACCGAUCGCCAUGGCAACACGGCCCUGCACCUGGCCGCCCAGCAGACGGAAGGGGACAUGAUGGCGCAGCUACUGCGGCACCCUGGCAUGGCCGAGCUGACAGACGUGCCCAACUCCAGGGGUCUAUGUGCUCUACAUGUGGCUGUGCUGGCUAACAGCCUGUGUGCGGUGCGGGCACUUCUUCAGGCCGGGGCCAGUGCCGACGUGCAGGAACUCACCAGCGGACGCACGCCACUCCACCUGGCCGUCGAGAUGGACAACGUCUCGCUCAGCGGCUGCCUGCUACUGGAGGGCAACGCUGAUGUGGACUCCUGCACUUACAACGGCUCCACCCCCCUCCACAUCGCAGCCGCCCGCGGAUCCAUCAAACUCAGCGCUCUACUCAUGGCUGCAGGGGCAGACCCUCAUAAGGAGAACUUUGAGCCAGUUUUCUUCAAAGAAGAUGAGGACUCCACCGAGCAAGCCAGGGAGGAUGAGGAGGAUGAGGAGGACGAAGGCUUCAUCCCCGGAAUGACUCCUCUGGGCAUGGCUGCCUCCUCAGAAGUGCGAGACAUACUGAGCGGAAAGGAGUACCAGCCGGAGAGCAGCCCCAUCCCCGUCCUGGCCCAAGGGGACAUGAGGAGCCUGGGGCCGGAUGUGAAGCAGGCUGUGUGUGCGGCGCUGGAGGAGCAGCAGGGCGGCUGGGAGAGUCUGGCCCACUCUCUGGGCCUCGGGGUGCUCACCACCGCAUUCCGACUCAGCCCCUCGCCCGCCGCCACUCUGCUGGCCAGUUACGAGGUGUCGGGGGGCACCGUCCACGAGCUGUUUGAGAGCCUGAGGCUGGCAGGGAACAGCGACGCCCUGAAAGCGCUACAGCGGCACCGCCAGCCCGCUCCCGUCCCUCCGCCCGACCACCCCGCCACGCACAUCACCGGUCUGUCUGAGGACAUCCUGGGCCUGAAGCUGGCCUGUCACGAGGAGAAUGGAGCGUGUGACAGCGGGGUGGAGACCUCCUUCCAGCGGCCGAGCCUCAGCCUGACCGAGUCCCUGUGCGGCCGCCUGGAGCUGCCCGAAACCCCGCAGCAGGCCGUGGCCUAGAGCCAGAGUCAGUCCAGGCCCCACAGCCCAAGCCACUGGACCCUCCGUCAGUCAGUCAGUCAGUCACCUCCUCCAGCUUGACGCCACCACCAUCACCACCACCACCGCCAGCCAGCCAGCUAGCUAGCUAGCCAGUGAGCCACUAGCCAAAGUCCCACAGGCCCAGUGGGGUGUACUGACUGUUGUGGUCAGUGGGUGGCACUGGGGCAGACCACAUUGAAACAAACACUCCACUCCAAGCCAGCCUCACUGGCUGUCAUGGAUGAAUGGAUGUCCAAUGACAUCCCAACCCAACCCAACCCAACCCCAAAUCUAAUUAUAAAAGCUUGGCCCGGGUUCUUACAGACAGAGGCUGCUUCCAUUGUAAUCUCUCCCGUGCUUCGUUACAAAAAAAACAUAUUGUUUAAAGAGUCGUACUGUCAGUUUUAUUUCUCUUCUCUUCUCUUAUGGUGAUGAGAGGGGAACCCCGCUCCUUUCGUGCGUAUCAACUGAUGACUAAGCUCUGUCUUUUUUUGUUUUUGUUUCUUUUACAUAAUGACUCAGACAUUUCUAGAAAGGCUCGACUCUGGGGUCUGUCGAGGAAAUGCCGCCGUUCAAAUAACGUCUGGCGUUUCGGGUCAGUGGCCUCUUGUAGUAAUUGCGCAGCCAUGCCUGUUGAGGGUUACAUCAAGGUCAUGUCUGAGUCUCCGCGCUUCUGUGGCUUCCGGAAACAUCCUUCUAACAUUGUGGCCGUCACCCGUUCGCUUUCUAAACAUGGCCGCCGCUGUUCCCAGAGGGCGACUUUCUAGAACUGUCUUUUCUUCAUUUUGACUUGGCAGAGGAUAGUUGCCUUCUUCCUCACCCACAGUGAGCACCACUAUAAUCUCGCGUUAGGAUUAUCGGACUUCGUAGAUGUUCUCAUCCCAGAUGGCAUCGUCUGUAUCACAUCUAGCCUGCAUCUGGCUGAGAUUUGGCAGACGAUCCAUUCUAAAAACCGGCUGUUAUACGAGUGGUUCCUGACCUGCGCAAUUGGACAACUUCCUGCCCAGCUAGAAAUAAGAUGCAUGUGGUGCUGUUAUUGACGAUGUCAGAGCGGACGGAGAUGACCAUGACAGCAGGAGCAGGAUAGAACUAUUACUAGUGCUAUAUGGUCAUGGAAUGUUUUCAUUUCAAUGUUUGUUUAUGUUUGUUUGUCUGUCUGUUUGUUUUUCAUGCCAGUAGCUCAUUCCUGCCUCUUUAUGACAAAUUUUUUCAUAAGCUGUGAGUUGGGGGGCUCGGUCUACUUAUGUCGUGACUUUGUUUUUUCCUUUAUUUCAAACUAAGGGGCUUGAACUAGGUGCUGGAACUGAUCUCAUCCACUGUGUCAAUCAAAGGGAUUGACUGACUGAUGAACAAUAUAUAUAUACAUGCCUCUUUCCAUGCCUAUUGUGGGGGUGGGAUGGGGUGGGAGGAUAGGGGAAAGGGGAAAGGGCUCUAAUUCCUGUUCUCAGAUCAUUGAAACCUGUGUUUAUUUUGGUUUUAACUGUCUUUUUUCCCCCCAAUCGCUCCAUAUGUUAUAUUCCCUGUGGACGUGGCCUCUGAAGGCCUAUGGUUUUCUAAACCACUCCGAUCCAGAGUUUAAACAUCAGCUGCAUCAAAACACUUUUGACCCUCUGGCUUUUUGACUUUUAAGAAGUCCCAACUGUAUAUGACAUGACAUCCAAACAUUGUAAAGUUAUUUUAUAGAGUUGAUGUGUAUUGUGUGUUUUGUUUGAGAACAACAGAACCAAUUGAUAAACCAAACCAAAGGUUUGCUAGGCACUGUGUCGUUUAUUAGCGUUAUAUUUAUGUCUGUGCCCCCUGUGUAACAGAGUGUUGUACAGAGGUCUGCUUUUUAAUUGGUUUUAUUGUUAUACUUUUUUUUAUAAUAAAAAGCUAAUUUGA